AUGCGCGCUUGGAGGCAUCUCUCCCCACCAUCCCGCGCGACUCGCCCUCGUAUUCGCUGAGAUGCGCUGAGUAGUCCUGACGACACCAUACUGGCGUCAGGUAGUGUGUGCCCCGCGCACGAAUCUUUCUUCGCAAUGCUUCAGGAUCCUUCAUCUGAUUAGCCAUCUUUUCAACGCAUUCAACAAACAUACGCCAAUCGCCCCGUUCCAAAUUCGGAUCUGCACUACUCCGCUAUCGAUAACGUCCGUGUCAGUCAACAACAUGAGCGCACGCGCAACAUACACCAAAGACCAAAUAACAAAAUACUUUGCCCGCCUGGGGUUGUCGGAACAAAAGAGAAAAUAUGACGUGGCUGGUCUGGAUCCCAACGACGCAUUCGAGUACCUUGCACUACUCCAAAAGCUGCAGCUAGCAGCGGUACCUUUUGAGAAUAUAACCCUGCAUUAUUCGGCCCACCAUUCGGUGUCUGUCCAUCCUGAGGAAUUAUUUAGGAAGAUCAUUGGCGAUGACAAUGGACGUGGUGGGUAUUGCAUGGAGAACAACAGACUCUUCGGCACGCUGUUGAAUUCGCUGGGAUUCAAUUUGUAUUCUGGUGGCUGUAGAGUUUGGGCCGGUGACAGUUGGACCGGUUGGUCCCAUAUGGUAAACUUUGUCACUAUCGGUGACACCAAGUACCACGUCGAUGUUGGCUUCGGGGCUGACGGGCCUGUCGUCCCAAUGCCUCUUGAGCGCUCGGGUACCAUCCAAAAGCACAUUCAACCUGCGUCGGCCCGUCUCCAAUGGCGCAACAUCCCUGGGAAUACUGACCCAAACCAGCGCCUCUGGGUUUACGAAUACCGAAGAAAUGACGAUAGUGACUGGGAGAUCAAGUACUCGUAUAGUGAGUUGGAAUUUCAGCCACAGGACUACGCGAUGAUGAAUUAUUUCACUUCUACUAGCAUGAAGACUUUCUUCACGCAGAUGGUCGUAGCUGAUAAGAAGAUUAUGGGCGAUGACGGGGAGCUAGUAGGGAAGUUGAGCCUGGCGGCCAAGUCUUUGAAAUGGAAUGUAAAAGGGGAAAAGACCAAGGAAAUCGAGUUCAAGAGCGAAGAGGAAAGGAUAGAUGCGCUUGAGGAGUACUUUGGUAUGAAGUUUGGAGAUGCGGAGCGCGAGGGCAUCGCGGGACUGCCAUCAGAAAUCAAGUAGAGAAAGCACUGAACGUUGAGAAUUGUUGAUUGCUUGCAUGUCCCUACAACUGCCGUAUAUGCUGUGAUCCUUUCGCAGCACGAUGUAGUCACUAUUGGGUAUGUAAUAUACUGUGUAGGUAUGCCAGUUCCGCUUUCGACGCGGGAGAAGCUCGCAUCGCUUAGAUGAAUCGUUGCUCGCACUGCCAGUGGUUAGCACCCGUCGUUCAUCCAGCAUCUCCGUACCCACCCUCCAUGGGUUGUUGAGCUCGAAGCCUUCCGGAGCAACCGGCUUGUCUGUCUGUCCGCGCAUGAAUCCGGUCAGUCGGCGGUCGCGCUCCAUCACUGGGGUCUCGUAAGUAAAUCGCAUGAGGUCAUCGUGAAAUGGUCGUACUUUGCUGUACUGAAGUUAGCAUCUUUCCAAUGCGCCUGGGCUUCCG